GGGCGGACAAUCGGCCGCUGGAAUCGGUUGCUAACAAGUUAUUGUCAGUAGCCUAAAAAGAAUCAAAGGGAAGGUUUUAUAGUAUUGUGUCCGCGUAGGAAUGGAAAACAAGAUAUGAUGGACUCCAACAGUGAGGAUGAAGAGUACCAAAAUCUGGAACCUGACUCGCAUCCUUGUCGGAGAGACACAAAAGUUAUGGACUGCGGUAAAAAUGAGCAGCUCAACAUGAAGCGGCAUCCGGUGAGUCGCUCUGGGAACAACCCGGGUAAAGUGAAGCGGGUGGUGUCCUGUAAGAGGAAGACCCAUCACCUGACAGUGACCCGGAGGAAGCAGCCCGCCAUCGGGAAAAUGCACGAUAAGGAGAAUGAGAUGAAGUGCGUGCAGGACGUGGACCUGUGGGAGUUCCCACUCCAAGUCGACAACAACCCAGAGACUGGGAAGACUGGUUCUCAACUAGCCGCCCACAGUUCACUCACUGAGCUCACAAGGGACCACAGCACAAUGACCAAUGUGCUCUUUGGAAGAAAUCUGAGACUGAAAGUAUCUCAAACGUUGUGGCGGAGAAGUGUCGGAGAGCUGCUGACGUACUUUUUGAGGAUACAAGACAUCGCUGUGUUUGUUGAUCUCCUCCCGUUGAUCAUCAAAAGCAUUGACGAGGCCUCUCCCACCGUCACCAUUGGUUGUUGUGUUGACCUCUUUCCUUUAGUCAGGAAGGUUCUCACCAAUCCAUAUGAAGAGUAUUUAAUAGUUGGGUUAAAGUGGAUCAUUUCAGUUUUGAAAAACUGGUGGCGGGACCUAAAAACCAGCGGCUAUGGUGGAUCGACUGAACUUCCGCUGGAUAAAAAUUUCCAGGCCUUUAAUCAGCAGUUGGCGGAGCUCUGGCACCAGGAACCUUUACUAAAAUCUGUUCCCGGACCUGCUGGAGACAUGACAAAGGUCAUUGACUCCUUCCUGUCUCAACUUACCUAGCGGCGACAGAGAGAAGGACAGCGGAUCUUUCUCGGUUGGAGUUGGUUUUACCGUACUGUAACUCUAGAUCGUGAUGGAUUUUUGGGCCGGCAGAUGAACUUGAACGGUUGAAAUAUUGAUAAUGUGCAAUAUGAAUUUUACUUAAUUGUCUCUUUACGUUUUUACUAUAGGAUGUUGUAAUUAUGGGCAACGAGAAGAGUUUCAUCACUGUGCAGUUCAAGUUGAAUCAAAAAAACAUAAGAGGCUUCUGUGUGUAGCUGUUGUAUGUUAUUGCACCACUGAUGAUGAAUAAAGUUAAUUUUUUUUUCAAUUUUAAA